AAAAAAUUGUGAAUUUCAAUUAUUCAACUGCGAAAAUCUACGACCAAAACGAAUACGACCCACAACGACUAAAUAUAUGUAUGUACAUAUGACUACAUACAUAUGAUACGACGACAUCAUCGCUAUCAACACACAACGUUUUUAGGCCAAGUAACAACAAUAGCAAACACCGUUCUACGAGUCACAACGAGAGCGCUAGCGAGCAGUUGUUUGAAACGAUCAGACUUCAAAUUGCAAAACUCGCAAUCAGCUGAAAUUUUGACUCACACACACACAUACCUACACGCCCAAACGCGUACAUACCCGCCCAUAUUUCCAGUCAUACAUACAGACACAAGAACGACAAAAACACGCUCAGUUGAUGGACUGUAGCAAUGACAACGAUGAUGUACGAAUAAAAAAUAAUAAACACCUUAGACAAGUGUGGAAUAAUUCCGAUGAGAAUUCAGUUCCAUAACACUCAAAUAAAAAGCAAAAUGGAUUACUAAAUGCAGUUGAAAUCAAUCAACAGCAGAAGCAGGAGAAGUAGCAGCAGCAAUCAACACAAUUGCAUUGCGCAAUAGUCACGCCCACACCACCGAACGACGACCACAACGACGAUAACCAGCACCACCCCUGCAAAUCCCCCAACCGUCGGCCAACGCGUAGAGAUCAACUGGAGUUAAGAAAGCAACUUGUAUGCGCAUCUUAAAACCCACAAAAGAACAAAGGAUCAACAACAGUAGCCUUAUUCACACGGAAAAACACACGCAUCCCCCACAAACACACCACAACAACAACAAAAAAAAUAUAUAAUUCAUUAGACUAAAAGCAGUCAGCGAGAACAAAUUAAUUUAAAAACCUAAACAUUAAUAUCCUGCGUUUAAAUAAUUUAACAACACAAAAAAGCAUUUAAUUCAAAGCAUAUUCCGAUUAAUUCAGCAAACAAAGCGUUAAACACCUGUGCAACGCGGUAAACUGCAUAAAAUUGCAACACAACACAGUGUGCAAGAGUGAAAUUUAGCAAAUUCAAUCAUAAUAAAACAACAACUACUCGCUGGGCAGCCAAGCUACGAUCCAUAAUUAUUCGUCGCCACCAAAUGACAGCCAUUUGAGAACAUAACCUAUAAACGGCGACACGGCCAAACCGCAAACAACAUAGAGGAGCGUGCGCUGCUACAACACCAACAGCAACUUAUAAUGAUUUUGAUAUAAUUUGUGAAAGGUGUCACACCAAAAACAAAUCGAAACAAAAAGAUUUCAAGUUUUCUGUUUAUCCCUACUCGUCAUAAGCUUUUUAAUAGCUUUUACUGUCAAUUAUUUAGUCUACAUUCACGGAAGCACUAUUCGGCGGAGAAAAUAUAUUGACGACAACUGAACGCGCACCCAUUUUGUUUGGAUUUAUAAUUUAAAUAAAUAUUUAAAAAAUUACACAUAUAAUAAAAAUAAAAUAAAAAAGGAAAUCAUAUGAAAAUUUAAAUUAAUUCAAUCAAUAAUAAAACUAAAUAAUAAUUAUAAAAGCGCGUAAAAAUCGACAACUUGCACAAUAACACUACAAAAACAAUAUAUAAACAGCAAAUUCAAAACCAAAGAUUUCAAACAAAAUCUCCAGUAGAGAAGUAGAUUGUUUACUAACAAUUUUAAGUAAAAAACAAAACAACAGCAACAAAGCAUAAUUGUGUUGUUGUACCAACAUUGUAGUUUCGUUUCACGUACAUACAUGCAUACUUUAGCCAUGAUGUAUCAGGUAGAGAAAUUUGCUUAAAUAUGUUUGCAACAUUUUCCGGCCCCGUGGCAGUGUGUCAACAACAAAUGCAACAGCUAAAACCACAACAACAAGCGCAAACCUUUGUUAACAUGUUGUACGCAGCGUUGUGCAUUGUUAUCCACGCAUCAGAAGUUGCACCGAAAAAUGUUUAAAUUCCAUGCGAUAAAUUGUGUUUAUUACAACAACCACAAAAACAACAAUUAUCGACUAUUUCAGCACAUCAUUGAGGUAACGACGACGACGACUGGAGCAGGGAGGCAACGUGUAGCCAUCAACAACAACUAGUGUAGUUAGCAACAGCGGCAGCAACACCAUUAACAACAACAGCAACAGCACGAGACAACGGUGAUUAUUGCUCCAAUGCAAAUUGCAGUUGUCGCCUGGUGGUCGCCAGCAAUUGUCGCAUUCGCAGCUGUUAUCAUCAUCGCCGCCGCUGCCGCCACCAUCCCAGCAACAGUCACGCUACAUAGUAAAGCGUAAAGUUCCCUCCGCGAUUGACAACGUCUUACGCUAAAAGUAUUGUGCUAAUUUCUACGUAAUCGUUACUCAGUCACUAGCAAUACUAGUUAAUUAACUGUUAAUUGCAUCCUUUGUGGCACCAACAACACCCCCGACGAUUGAACGUUCCAUCACUGAUCGAUUGUGUGUUUCGUGGCUAAUUCGUGCAAUUCUACUUGAAUCCUUAAGUGAAAAGCUAUAGGUAUGAAAUAUCCUCAACUUGUGUCGACGCGUGCGGUGAACGCCAUAUCCGAUUGGCUAGUAGCCCGUUUGGAGCAGUUAGGCGUUGAGGCCCCACAUAUUUAUACACGACUACUUCUGUCACUUUUACAAUCGACUGUACAACUAAAUGAUCCAAUUGAAUUCAGCAAUUUGGAAUCAUUUCUUGCGAGCCGUAAAGGAAGCGGUAGGCGUUAUCGAGAGUGCGAUAUCGACGAACUUAAGAAAUAUAAUGCUGUGCAGUGCAUAAAGAACAUCGUUUCGUCAGACCAGGAGAUCGCAUCCAUUGAGAACCUCGUUGAAGAGCUCUUUGAAAGACUUAAAGACAUUGAGAAGCAAUCCAGCGAUAGUGAAGACGAUGAUAGGGGUCCAGUAGCAACGCUUUCUAUCACCCACCGUUACAAUAGAUCGCAGCAGAGAAGAGAAGUGCCAGCCAAUAGUAAAAGUUGCAGAGCGAGUUGUGCAGCCGAGAGUAGUAGGUCCGCAGAAGUAGCUGGAACAUCAGCUAGUGCCAAAAGAUUGCAAGAACGUGAACGAGAAUAUUGGCGUGCUUUUCCAGCGCUCUCGAAGCAAAUGGGUGAUAUAGCUCCCCGCUGGCGCCACCCGUCCAAGUGGAUGUUAUGGCCUUCCGACAAGCCCAAAGACGAUGCUAAGAAGAACGCUUCUACUAGUAGCGCCAGCUCGACAAUGUCUAGUAAUUCCGAUGCGGAAGAUGGCAACCAAGCAGCCGCAAAACGCGCUAAUGAGCAAAGAAAUAUUAAAGAGGAAGAAGAAGAUGCCAUGAUGGAAGAUACCGUUAAAAAUACGGAAGGUGCAGCAAAUGUGUCUGGGGUAGAGUUGUGCGACGACAUAGUGGAUGAGAAUGAUGAAAUCGAUGAUGACGAAGCUAGUUGCAGCGUUAACGCAGCUGGUUAUGGCAGCGGUGCUAUAAAACGAAAUUCCAAACGUCGCCGCAGUCGUGCUUUAUCACGCAAGAACCCAGCUGGCGGAAACAACUCUGACUCCAAUAAUGCUGGCAAUAAUCGGUCACAAGCAAGUGGCGGUAAAAACAAGCGUAAUCUAUCGCCCAGCUGUUGGGAUACCGAUUUCGAGGGAUGUUGGGAGAUGGGCCGCGAUUUAAUUAAAGAAUUCAUAACGAGCCAAAAUCGUAAUGCACGCAACCGCAGCACUUCAGAGAGCGCCGUUUCUUACAAUAAGCAGAGUGCGCGCCAAGUAGCACCCGCUAACGAAGGGGCUGAUGAUAAUUGUGAAUCAGCUAAAAACGCCGAGCAACAGCAACCAACUGAAGAGCCUUUGGUUGAAAACAAAGAUACUGCUGAGGGUGAAAAAGUAUGCGCCAACAAAGCCGUUACUACACCCACAUUACCACCAGUGGAUAUGUCGUUCUGCGAUUAUGAUGAUUUCGACGAUACACUCGCCUCUGUGUCCGAGCUGACCAAUGACGGGCCCUUGGCAAUGCUAGCAACUAGUGAGGGUGCUUGUGCUAUGCCACCAUCUACCAACGCUAAGCGUCUUUAUGAGCGGGAGUUAUUACCAAAUGAUACGAAAUCCGAUGUACAAUCGGAUUUUGCACAAUUCGAAGCGAAAUUCAAUAGUAGCGUCGAAGCUUUAUGGAAAGAUGCUGACCGCAGUGUGGAGAAGGAAUUCAGUCCAUUUGGUGAUGGAAAUAAAUUAAAUAUUUUCAACUUUGGCAAUGGCAACAGCAAACACUUUUCCGGACCCACCUCGUUACCGACGGAUGCGCCAUUUUCAAGAAAUUUAAAAAACUUUUGGUCUAAUUAUUACAAUCAUCAUUUCGACUUAAGUAAAAUGCUGCCGACAAGCGUAAUUGGCGAAAAGGCCAAAGAACUAGAUGUAUUGAUGCAAAACAAAGCAAACGAUAAAGGUGAAGCUGCUUUCAAGUCAAAUGGUAGUGGUUUUAGUGAGGCUAACCAUUUCUCCAAUACCCAACAAGAAGGUGUCAACCCAGCUGGUGGUCCUACAAGUGACUACUACUCAAUGCCGAGCAAUUUAGAGGAUAUUGAGAAAGCCAAAUCGCAACGUUCCGGCUUACGUCACAAUAGCGUCUGCAGUGACAGUGGCAAUAGCUUGAGUGCGCACAGAGCUGGUGGCACAAUUGGUGAAGAGCGCAAAACACCCGUGGCUCUCUUUCUACAAAACUCGAUUUGGUCAGAGAACGCUAAUUUUGGCGGUGGUGAUUCAGAUGAAACUUUUUACUUCAAAGUCCAUAAUUCUGGCAAUCAGCUGAACGCAUAUGAUGACAACAAUCGCGAAGAAACAUUGCAAUGCGAUGCCACAACCAGUGGCGUAAAUGUAAACAAUGACAGUGGCUUUGUCUUCACCGCACCCUACUCGGCUUCUAAGUGGUCAGAAGGUAUUAAUGCUGGACCACCACAAGGCAAUGUGCCAACACCGCUACUACAGCAUAAACAACAGUGCGGAAAUCAAAAUAACAGUUAUCAUCUUGGGUUGAACUCAACCGAUUGCACAGAUUCAUCUUCGUCGAGCGCAUGUACAUCAGGUGCCUCAAAUUGGCAUCAUCUACCCAUAAGUGAGGCUAAAAAUGAUUGGUCCGCCGAGCAAAUGCGCGACACAAAUGCACCACAUGACACUGGCAGCAUGGCAGCACCGAAAAUUACGCUCGCCAACCACUCGACAACAGACAGUGGUUUCGUUGCAUAUUCUCGCAUUAAAGCUGUCUUAAAGUUACAAUUGUCCAGCGAUGGGAAUGCCAUGAACGACGCUGCAGCUAAGCAGCAGCAGCGAAAUUACCCACCACGUACGAAUAGCAAGGAACAACAACAACAACGGUAUGCACUCGAAAUGAUGGAUGAUGGCGAGAAUCUACUCACUUCCGAACGUACACAUUUCCAUCCCAUUAAAUCGUAUAUGGAUGGGCACACAUUCGAUAUUUGCAGUGAAUUGGAUGUUAUCGACUACGAACGUUCGGCCAGUGGUUAUCUAUACUACGAAGAAGAAAAAUAUCUCGAGUACACGCGUACCGAUAAUUUUAUGGUGGAAGAUGAUGUUGGCAUUGGUGCCUCAGCCAACCCCUUGUAUGCCAAUUCGAAUUGUGAGGCAGCCACAGUUAACGCCAAGGCCGACUCCGCUCGCCACAGCAGCAAAGUUAAGCGAAUCGAACGUGAUUUCGUCAUAAAAUUCCGUGUGCAACGCACUGAAAUGGCUUGCCAAACAGAUCCAGAGCCGCCAACUGCACGUGCGGUAGUGAGCGCCAACAAACGCAAUAUUGUAAUGAAUGCAUCGGCAACAAAAACAGCACAACCACAUCCAAUAAGUUUAAUAUUCUCAAAUGCGGCGAAAAAUUUAAAAGCAAACGCCGCAAACGAACUUGUCUACAGCGACACCGUGGAGGCGUUUACACGCGCUAUGGCACACUUCCCGCCACCGCAGGCGUCGUCUAGCAAUCAUUCGGCUUGGUGGUCAAUGGAGGCUGAUGUUGGCGAAUGUCUGGCGGCUAGCAGUAACUGGAAUGUCUACCAAGCACAGCCGAAGCUGCAGCAAAAUGCUAAAAACAAUAAUAAUGAUGAAGACGACGCUUAUGAGGACGCUGGCAGUGAUGUGCUACAUUUCUAUAGCAGCAUUGAUGAGUUACCCGAUGGUAUGGCCGCUCUGCAUGCAGAUGUAGAUAUGACAAGCUUAGAGCAGCAAUGGUCAAUGAACGAAAUACGCAAGAAAUGCAAAGAAGCCGGUCACAUGGCUGCUGCUGAUGCUGUUGACGGCGGCGCUAUCGAGUCUGUUUGGGGCAUGUGUGCCGCGUGUAAUAAUGAAUUGAAAUCCAUACCGGCCAACAGGCUAUUGCGCGACGAAUUGCAAGUGGAGGCCGACCAGAUAAUGAGCGAUUUGAAAUACAUGCAAGAUUUAUACAUAGGACGUGCUGGUGAUGCAGCUGAUGCCGACGACGAUGAUGAUGAUGAUAAUAAUAAUAAUGCUGAGAAUGGCGACGACGAUCACCAAUGUGAUGGUGAGAGUGCCGCAGAGACUGUGACUAGCGACAGCGAUUGGUGCGCCGAAGAUAUAACUGCUGAUGUGACGGAUGAGUGUGCCGUUAAUACAAGUUCGCUAAAUGCCAAUAACAGUAAUGAUGAACUAAAUGAGGAUCAUACAAUGCAACAGGCAGACUCUCUAAAUCAAAAUACUACCACUGUUGAGGGUGCUGCCAACAAUUCCAAUGAUUCCGAGACGUUUACGGUAAUACAAAAAGUAAAUCGUCUCAUCGCCGAAUUAUUGCGACCCGACAACAAUGCUGAUGGCGUCAAACAAAUGGAUAAACAGAAUGCCACUGCUGCAUGUGCAAAAGUUAAUGAGCCACGUCAGGUGGAAGCUGAAGCAACACAAUUUAGCGGUAAUUUGUGGCAUACUAAUAGCAAUGAGCGCAAUAUUUGGCAACUGAAUGCUGGCGACAACACAAAUAGCUUAAUUGUGGCUGGCGGUGGUGGUGUUCUCGGCAGGGGCGAUAGUGUUAGUGGUGGUGUCGGUGGUGCUAUGCAUCCAAUACAACUUUUGCGCCAAUUCAAUGUGAAGCCAUUGGAGACCGCUGUAGCCAAUGUGGAUAACGUAUUCCCUUCAGCCGCUGCGGCUGAUGUAGAUAAAUACCACAGACAAAUGAGUUGGGAGCAUGAGAAUUUAGCUAGAAUUUGGCAGACAUCACCACCGUCACCACCACAGACACAAAACGUCACUAUGAUAAUAAAUGAUGCCAAACCACAAGCUGCAACCGAACAAAAAAUCGUAGACCCCUAUGAGCAGCAAGCGGAUAUCGCUGAGAAAAAUAUGCGCAAUUUACGCGCCAACGCAGAUGUGAGCGUGGAAGCGACCGCUGUCAAUUUACAAUUGGCGCAAGAUUUUAAAAAGCACAAGGAAAGCAAAGUGGCUGCAGCUCUAGCUAACGCCCAGCUAGUCGACUCGGCUCUCAAAUUAAAGGCAAUCACUCGCAAGCGUCGUCAUUCGGCUUCGCAAAAUUAUUUUCACGCGCAUUUAAAUAGCAGCGCUACGGCAGCUGUUGCUGCUGUCAACAGUCUGGUUGGCGGUGGCGUCACACCUUUGCAAAACAACAACAACAACAAUGAGAUUGCCAAUUUAAAUAGUUAUGCCUUGAAAUCGUUGCGUAACUCGCGCAAUGCCAAUGAGUUGAGUUUGCAGAAUUUUCUGAAUGCUUCGCUGCGUUUCGGUGCCGCUGCAGCCGUUGCCGUUGCCGCUUCUAAUGCCAAGAAAUGUUCCGAUUUGGCCAAUAAUCUUUGUGGCGCAGAUUUUGCAUUCGGUUGCGAUUCAACUGCAACUACGGGCGGUCGAAAUCAAACUAUCAUCACCUGUAAAUAUCAUUUGACUGCAAUUGAGCCGUUGAGUGUGCAGCAGCAAAAUCUUGACGGCGACAAUAAUGAAUAUGGCUUGUUUACUGGCAAUGGCAUCGACGGCGAAGGCAAUACAGCGGCACCGCUCUCUAGCAUCCUCGACAAGAAUCCAUCUAUAUUGAAGCAUGUUACCAUGGUGUCACGUCCAUUGACGCGUUAAAAUGCUUCGCGCAAAUUAAACCAAAUUUAAAGGUGCUGCGGCUCAGGAUUUUGUCGGAUGGAUUGGAGACGUUAACAUUAGAAAAAAUAUUCAAUUGAAACAAUAGAACUUUGGCAACCACAGAAUCAACGACAACAAAAUAGCAUUCACUACAUGGAAUCAGAAAGAGGAAAAUGAAACAUAAUUUACUAAAAAAAAACAAAAAUCAGCAAAUAAAAUGGUGCAUAACGGUUGCAAAAUGCUUCAAUCUUAAAAAAAUAGUAGCAACAACAAAAAAUAUAAAUACGAGAGAUAAUUCAUGUUAAUUUUCGUAAAUUUAGUUAGAUCAGCUUAUCGUUUAUGUGUAAAAUUUUAUUUAAUAUCUUACUUAUAUACUUUCUUCUUUUUUUUUUUUGUUUGUUAAAUGUUGUAAAUUCAUAUGCAUACAUACGUACUCUCACACAUAUAAGGAACCGCGAUAACUUAAACACACAUAGAUACAACACAUUGCAAAAUAUUCAAAUAUUUAUAUAUAUUAUCUAUGUUUAACGAUGAUUACUCAAGCAUUACAGAUGCAUAUAUCUUUUUUGACUUUUUUAAUUUACUUUCGUUAACUGUAUUUAUAUCCUUGCUAACUUUAGUUUUUUUCUCUUUUUUUUAUAAUUUUUUUUUUUUUUGUUUUGAGUCAACUGUAUUAUCAAACUCUUAAAUAUUACGUUUCCAAAUUUAAUUUAAAACUACAAAAAAAAAAUUUAAAAACAAAAAAAUGUUGAAUGCAACAAAAUUAAAAAAAAUUUAAAUGUAUAGAAGAACACAUAUAUACACGAAUAGUAAACCUGCAAAAAUGUAAAAAAAAAUUAUAAUAUGAAACAUGUAUGUAUGAGAUCCCAAAAAACAUGCAUGUUAAAUUAUAGCUGCAUGUGAACCAAGAAGCAGUAAUAACGUAAACAAAACUUAAUGUUUGCAUUUCUUAUAGUUUCGUUGUUAGCCAACAACAAUGGCCUCGACGUAUAUGCAACAUUAUCAAAAAAAAAAAAAAUCGGGUCCUUAGCGAAACUUAUAGAAAUUUGCAACACCCCAUGUUCACUUAGUGCAAAAAUAAUGGAAAUUGAACCUAACGUCGCAGCAGAACAGCACGUAAAAGGAAUCCCGUCCCAAAAAAAAAACCGAAAAAUUCAAUAAAAAUAAUAAUACAAAAUAAUAUGAAUGAUAUAUAAAAUUGUUUACCGAAUUGAAUGUGCACCGCGUUAAAUAACUUAUUAGUCAAAAUGCCACUUUCUUUCUGCUAACUUCAGUUUAAAUUCAUACAUUUUUCAUACUCGUUUCAGGAUUGAUCUAUCCAACGAUAAAAGUAUUACUGCUUUGUAACAAGUGCCACCAAAAGCCUAAACGGCAAUUUUAUGCCGCGGUGCACGAUUUAAGAUUCAACAAGAUUAAGCUGUCACCUGUGUGGCAAAGUAAACUUUUUAAAAUUUUCAUUCACUUAACCUCAAAAUGGUGAAUUCAUUUACAUAUAUGGGACAUACUUCUACAUAGCUUUUAAUUUUUUUGUUUAAUAUUUCGGUCUCUCGUUUUUUCAUUCCUUUUUACAUCCUUGCGCAUUCAAUAACGGUAAAUAUCACAUAAAACUCAUCGACAACAAAUAAAAACUCCACCUCAGCGCAAAGUGUGUGCAAAGUGUUGUAACACACGCAACCCAUCCAAACACACACAAGCACCACUUUAAAUGCCUUUAGUUGGAUUUGGU